GGGUUUCAGCACAGCAUCAAACAGCUGUCAAAAAUCGAUAUAUAACUUGCCACUUCGACACUAGUCUGGCAAUUGACUGCAGCCUACCCUAGCUAUUUCAGCACUAUUGAGAAAAUCAGCAUUUUAAGGUUGCUUUCAGCUUUAGUUUGGAAUAAGAGCUGUAAACAUGCGACCAUAUAUAUGUUUCAAAAGCAAGAGGAUCGUUGUUCUGUUGUGUAUUGUGUUGGUAGUAUACAGUCUCAUACAUUUGGGUUAUGUGACCCCAAGAGCCUCUUUAAUAUUGAACAAGUCUCGAAGCAGCCCGUUUUCAUCAUUGCGCAUGGUCAAUUCAUCCUGCCUCGAGAAACCAAGAACUAUAGCAAAGAUCAGCUCUCCGCCUUAUGUCCCCAUUCCACAUAUUAUCCAUCAGUCAUGGAAGACUACUGUUUUACCAAAAAAAUUUCAAGUAUGGCAGAUGUCUUGGAAAAACAGUCACUCUGAUUGGAAGUAUAUUCUAUGGACUGAUGAUGAUAACAUGCGGUUGUGCGAGGAGCAUUUCCCAUGGAUGCUGAAGCGUUUCAAAGAAAUGCCCACCACAAUCAAUCGUGCGGAUACGGCUCGUUACAUGUACAUGUACAAGUAUGGAGGCUUCUAUGCAGAUCUAGAUUUAGAAUGCUUAAAAUCGCACACACCAAUUGCUAAAAAAGGAGGUGUCGUUGUUCCAUUGAUGUCUCGAGAUUAUAAUUUUGUGCACAACAUUCCCAAUCCAUGGAUGGGAUCUAUACCGGGUCACCCGUUUUGGCUAUUUCUUUUGAAAAAAAUCAAAGAUCGACCCAUAACUACUAGUGUAGAGCUUUUAACUGGCCCGAUCGUACUGUACGAGGCACUCAAAGAAUUCGAUCAGCAAGUUUUGAACGAAUCGAUACCACCUAUUACAUACAUUGCUCCAGAAUGGAUAUUGCCAUAUGACUGGCAUAACAUGAAAGGGUUAGGACAUAUAUGCUCUGCACAAUCUGAACGCUUUAAUCCGAUUGAGUGCAAAAAAAAUGCCGAUCCAAACAAUCAAGCUUUUGCAUUUACAUACUGGUCGCACUCUUGGGGGUCGAAUGGAACUGCUUUAAUGGAUAUCCCUUUUAAAGCCUCCAUAUAGAUCCAAUAUUCACUUUCAAACUGAUCAAUUUACUUUUUCCAUGGAAAUCGUUUUGAUACUUGUCCUUUUAUCUACUUUGCUACCUUUCUGUCCAAUUGCAUUUACAAUCGUAUUCACGUAAAAUGAAGCACUUGUAUUUAUUUUGCAGUGGUUGAUUCCUUGAAAUAAACAAUAGUUGAAUAUUU